AUGCCAGGAGGUGUAAAUUCUCCUGUUCGUGCUUUUAAUUUGGUUGGUGGACAAGCGGUCGUAAUUGAUUCCCUUAAGGGUUGUUGCGUGUGGGACACAGACGGGAAUGAGUAUGUCAACUACGUUGGGUCCUGGAGCCAUGCAGAUGAUGACGAGGUUCUUGCAGCCCUGGCUGAGACAAUGAAGAAAGGAACCAGCUUUGGCACUCCUCGUCUUUCUGAGAAUGUUCUGGCAGAGACGGUAAUCGCAGCUGUUCCUAGCAUCAAAAUGGUUUGAUUUGUAAACUCUGGUACAAAAGCACCCAUGGGCCUUGCCUGUGCCUUUUACCGAAUGGCAAAGAUCAUCAAAUUUGGGGGAUGUUAUGAUCCUUUUCUUGUCGAGGAUGGUAGUGGAGUUGCUACCCUAGGGCUGCCCCACUCCUCCGGUGUUCCAGAGGCAGCCACUUCUGAAACUCUUAACAAUGACAUAUCAGCUGUGGAAAAUAAUUUUAAGAGUAACAAAGCAGAACCAGCAGCAAUUAUUCUUGAACCUCUUGCUGGGAACUUGGUACCUAAACCUGACUUCCUUGAAGCCAUCUGUCACCUAACAAGAUUGUUUUAUGGUGGGGCUCAGGAGUGUUUUGGAGUAACUCCCAAUUUAACAACAGGGAAGAUACUAGGUGGUGGUCUACCUGUUGGUGCAUAUGGAGGAAGGAGGGAGAUUAUGGAGAUGGUGGCACCAACAGAGCCAAUGUACCAGGGUGGGACCUUGAGUGGGAGCCCACUGGCAAUGACAGCCGAGUUGAAGGAGCCCGGAACAUAUGGCUUAGAUAAGAUCACAGGAGAGCUCGUUCAAGGCAUUCUAGAUGCAGGAAAGAGGACAAGACAUGCAAUUUGCGGAGGGCCUGUUCACAACUUGGACAAUGCAAAGAAGAGUGUUACAGCAAAAUUUGCGAGGUUCUUCUACUGGGGAAUGCUGGAGGAAGGUGUAUACUUUGCACCUUCACAGUUUGUAUUCUUCUGAAGACAUCCAAAAAGUUAAAGCUUGUUAGUUUGAAUCUUCCAUCACCUGCAAGAAAAAAAGGGCCUAUUCUUCCUA